UGCGCCGCGGAUAUUAAAAGCUGUAGACUAUACUACAUGCCGGUGGGAUCGACUAAGUCGGUGAAUAUUUGGACAUAACCCAGGAAUUGAUCCCUUGACGCGCAGAAUGAACCGCGAAAGGGAAAGAUGGGACGCGGGCAAUCCGGCGACUUUGUUGGAAAUUUUGUGGAAUCCACGUAGCGUCACUAUGGAGCCUUUAUUUUCUCUGAGCUGCUCAGAAAGCCUCCGUGUCUUCACAGAGGUGAAGGAAGUUAAGUGAGCUAAACUUGCAGUAGAAUGGUCCUCCUCGGAUGGGACUCUGAGGGAAGGCGAUGGCAGCUUUUCACCACAGCAACCCAACGGACAGGGACAUCAGGAGGGUUCUCCAAAAACUUCUAAUCAUGCUCUCUCUGGGAAUAAUCUGUGUCUCUCUUUUCUACUUCCUCGCGGGAUGCUGCGAGUCGGACAUAAGGGAAAACUCCAUCUCCCACAGACCCGCCAGUGAGUUUCAUUUAUCAGGAUGGUAUCAUGACAGAAACGGGACGUUGUAUAAGGACGUUGUAAUGGUACAGAAUGAAGAUGGAUACCCAGUAGCCGGGGAGGGGAGCACCAUAACGCCGGUUUUGGAGACGAAUAACUCGGUUAAAGAUUGGAUGGCGAUACGGCGGUUACCCCAAGCCCUCAUUAUAGGGGUAAAGAAGGGUGGCACGAGGGCUCUUUUGGAGUUUCUCAGGCUGCACCCAGACAUCCGCGCGCUGGGCUCUGAACCGCACUUCUUUGACCGGCAUUACGCACGAGGUUUGGACUGGUACAGGAGUAUGAUGCCCAAGGCCUUGGAUGGCCAGGUUGUCAUGGAGAAGACACCGCGUUAUUUUGUUACCGUGGAGACCCCGGGGCGUGUACACUCCAUGUCGCGUGAGGUGAAGCUGAUUGUGGUGGUCCGGGACCCUGUGACCCGGGCCAUCUCUGACUACACCCAGAUCAUCUCCAAGACCCCCCACAUCCCCACCUUCGAGACCCUCGCCUUCAAGAACCGCACCAAUGGUGAGAUCGACUCUCUGUGGAGCCCUCUAUGGAUCGGACUGUACGCCCAGCACCUGGAGCGUUGGCUGGCCUGGUUCCCCCGGGCCCAGAUCCACCUGGUCAGUGGGGAGGGCCUCAUCUCCGACCCAGCCGGAGAACUAGGAAAGGUCCAGGAUUUUCUGGGCCUUCAGAGGAUUGUGACGGACAAGCACUUCUACUUCAAUAAGACUAAAGGUUUCCCCUGCCUGAAGAAACCGGAGGGCAGCAGCAAGCCCCACUGCCUGGGGAAGACUAAAGGCCGGACACACGCCCCCAUCGACCCGGAAGUGAUCCGGAGACUGAGGGAGUUCUAUAGGCCGCACAACCAGCGGUUCUACCAGAUGACUGGCCAGAACUUUGGAUGGCAAUGAGGACUCAGUAGGGAUACCAAGGUAAAACAUGCAUCCAGAGUAACAAAGACACUCAGGCAUGGUUCACAGGGACAGGGACAGACAUGAAUGCCAUUUUGGACAUGCAGGACAAAUCUAAUCAGACCAACUACAACCCACAGCAUGUGCUCUCUGAUUACAACCUCAUUGAUGCCUAAAACGAAAGAGUACACUUUCUACUCAAACAGGCAUAAAUCAUUCAAAAUGUCAUACUAUUAUCUACACCUCUAUUUUCUAUAAUCAAGAAAAUAGAAAUUCGACAUAUGAGAUUGUCUGACCACCGUGCUUACUACUGCCAACUUCAAAUUUCAGAAUCUCCUAAAAUACCCACAAGAUGGUGUUUCAACGUUUCAUUGCCACAAAAUCCUGCAUUCUGUAAACAAUUUGAAAUUGAGAUCAAUUAAUUCAUAACGAUCAAUAAAAAAAAACAGUUCAAAGACCCCAGGAUUCUAUGGGAUGCCAUCAUAGGUUUUUGCUAAAGAUAAUGCAUUUGUUUAUGGGUUGAAUAAAUCACAAUCAAAGAAGAUAUCAGAAUUUGAAAUGUUGUUAACUUUUAGAGCAUUCUAAACAAACACUAUUUUCAGACCAAGUAACUAUUAAUCUAUCCAAAGUCAUGACAGAACUUCAUUUAUUGAUAAGACAGAGUGCAGAACUUGCCAUCCAUCGAGUUAGAUUCAACCAUUACUUCCAUGGUCCCAUUCGUUGACUGGCUGUCAAGCUACGUAGUGAUAAACAAUUAGCUGAUAAAGCGGCUAUUGAAUCUGAAACAGUGAAAUUACUAUCAGAACCCAAAUGAAUCAAUCAAAGAGUCUCCCGCUUUUAUAAAUAACUGUACACCUCUGAUUGGAAAUCCACACCAAGUCCUUUAUAAAAGAAUUCCGACCUCUUCUCUCAACAGAGAAAGACACCUUGCUGCCCAAAUCUCUCUCAAUGAACUCAAAGGGGAGUUGGAUAAUCAUGAAUAAAGGCAAAUCACCUGGAUGGUUAUUCCUCCUGAGGUCUAUUUAACAUUUUGGAAACUACUAGGUCCACUAUUUCUCCAAAUGUUUAAUCCAACCCGUUCACAAGGGUUCAUUUGGAAGAGAUGUGGACACAGCACUAAUUUCACUUUUAUAAAAAAAAAAGGUAAGGCUGCCACCCAUUGUUCUCACUAUCGCCCCAUAUCUUCGAUCUUCAUACAGAGUAAUGACAUAGCCGCAUACUGUUGAUACAAUGUAAUGACAUAGCCUCAUACUGUUGAUACAAUGUAAUGACAUAGCCUCAUACUGUUGAUACGGAAGUGGCUCUGUGCUGGGAUCUACAUCCAAUGUUUAUAGACCUCUGGGUAGCGAGGGAGACAAUGCAGAAAGACCAGCUCUAUGCUAGUUACCUUUCAGUAUCUAAUAGAUGUUCAACGAAAAAAAGAAAGUGGCAUUGUUUGAAAACACCUGGCGUUCUUGUCUUAGAUACACGGUGGCCCACCAGGAGUGAAGAACACAGCAACGGGAUGUGUAGUCUGCAGUGUAGGCUGAUGUGUAGUCUGCAGUGUAGGCUGAUGUGUAUUCUGCAGUGUAGGCUGAUGUGUAGUCUGCAGUGUAGGCUGAUGUGUAGUCUGCAGUGUAGGCUGAUGUGUAGUCUGCAGUGUAGGCUGAUGUGUGCUGUGUUAGCAACGUCCUGCAGAUGAAAUACCAAACAGAAACAAGAUAGUUGUCUUACCAUGCUUCAUGCAGUUAGACAUUAAUUUUACUCCUCCUUUUUAUACAACUUAGCUAUUUCAGUCCGUGCUUAGGCUUCGAAUAAAAAUAGUUGUAGGCAAUCAAUACAUAGUAUACAGGAGGAUGAAUGAUGUAGAAAGCAGUGAGAGGAAGCAUGAGUAGCAUCUUUAACAAGUGCUCAGAUUUGACUGAGUGGUUUUGAAUCGUUGCUUAAUAAAUAAUGAAUGUGCAUAAGUGGAUUAAGAGGAGUUCAACUGUAUCGGCCCUUCCUGGGUAGAGGUUGCCCAUAGGCACAGAUCUAGCAUCAGUUUAGGCAAGGAAACACUAAACUGACCUUAGGUCACUGGCUAUGGGCAUCUUCAUCCUAACCUGGGUAGCCCACCAUAGGAGGACAACCAAAAUAUAACAAUGGAUGAAUCUGACACCUUAAACCAAUAUAUUGGUAUCAAUGGGAACAGAAGCUUUUUUGGUUCCGACGGGCUGCUAUAGAACCCGCCUCCUUUUUGGAAGUAUUUGCACUAGUUUGAAAAACAUAAAACAACAAUUAAACUGAUGUUGAAGCAAAUGUCACAUUGCAUCAUUGUACUGUCAAAAGAUAUUCUGACUCCCGUGUGGCUCAAUUAGUAUAGCAUGGCACUUGCAACACCCAAGGUUGUGGGGUUGAUUCCCGUGGGGGACCAGUAGGAAAAAUGUAUUCUCUCAUUGCACAGAUUGAAAUGUAGAUGAGGUUGAUGAAAUGAAGAGAGCUGUGCGAAGAAGAAAAGAGCAUAUUGAGUUGAUUGAUCUGUGAGCAAUAAGGCAGACGACCAUAGUGACAGAAAUGUGUUAACAUUGCCCUCCAAUGGCCAUUAGAGGAACUGCACAAUCAUCAAAUCCCCAACACUGUUGGUUCCCCUCGUGUUUAUCUGCAUACCCUGAUCUGAAAAAUACAUCAUAA